AUGAAACUUUCGCUAUUUCUUCCGUUUUUAGUCCUAGUCAAUGCCCAUGGAGACCACUCUGGUCAUGGUUCUGAUAAACCAGCAGUCAAACCACCACAAUUAACAUGGGCACAAUGGCACAUGGCGCAAGAACAUAAUCUCGACGACUAUGACGCAGCCACAUUCUUCACCUUGCACGACUUGUCAGGAAGCCGAGCUUGGUCGAGAGCUGACAUACUUAAUAUUUACGGAUUGAUUAAUCCUCGUGUGGGAGAUGGGUCAGGAAUGGGGAGCCAUGGAAACAACGAGGAAAUCUCCAAACAAGCCAAGGAUAAAGUUGUCAAUACGAUCCUUGGUUUAAUUGAUUCGAAUAAAGAUGGACAAAUCAGUUGGGAUGAAUGGAUCCAAUUCUCUGCUAAAGGAGGCGAAUUGCCUGAUUUAGGAUAUGGACCGGGGCAUCAUUUAGAUUUCGAGAGCGAGUAUGAGGAACAUCAUUGGAAAAAGUAUCACAUGAACGAUGAUCCUGACGUGUUGAUCAAGCACAAGGAAGAUAUCGAACAUGAAUUAUUACAUCAUGAACACGAAAUUGAAGAGACUCAUCAUAAAGCUCCGCAAAUUAGACAAGUUACGAAAAACUUCUUAUCCAAGAUCAACUUACACAACCUUACACCCAGGUAUACCAAAAAGUGA